GCCUGAGGCUUUGCAGCAGCAUGGGGUACACCAACGAAAGCCGACUGUCUCCAAACAUGUCGCGCUUUUCUACCAUGCGGAGCCAGACACGCCGUGUGCGUGGCAGGCACUAGUGAAGGCCUUGCGGACGGCCUCUUUGCAUGACUUCUGGCUUCGAUGAAUCUGCGCUUAUGGAGUUCCCCUCGAUUGUUCACUUAAACAUUGGUGGACAGCGGCUGACAACAACGUUGGCAACCUUGAGGGCGGAACCUGAUUCAAUGUUGGGCCUUAUGUUUAGUGGCAAGCAUCCUGUUCUUCGGGAUGCCGAUGGUUGUUACUUUAUUGACCGAGACGGAAGGCAAUUUCAUCACAUCCUAAACUACUUGCGGGAUGGAACCCUUCCCAUCGGCCUUUCCAGAGUGGAUCGUCUAGAGCUUCUCCGGGAGGCCGAUUUCUAUGGCCUGAAGGCUCUUUAUGGCUUCAUCGGUGGGCCGACAGUACAGGCUGCCAUGAUGACCGGAGGUGGCACAGGCGCUUGGCUUCGAAGCCUUUGGGAUGACCUGGCCAAGACAGAGGCAGCAGACUUCUCAGUGAGCAGCCACAGCCACAGAGUUUACGCUCGACUACGAUAUGGGCAAGAAUACAGUGGAGACUGGAUUGUAUCCUCUCCGAGGAAUCUCCCCCACGUGCAGUACGAACUCUAUGACGCAUGCUUGGCAAGAGAUCCCAUCACGGCGCUCAACAAAAUGGGUGCUGCUGGUUUCAGACCCUGCCUGGAGCCUCCCAUUGUGCCUGCGAGCAGUGCAUCCUGUCACGACAACUGGGAGAUCAUGAUGUACAAGGAUGUUUGGCAGUGAGUCUUGGCGCUUUGGACCAUCCUUGCAAAAGUAUGCAUGAAGAUGUGAAGCAUAUGCAGACGUGCUUUGCAACUCAGAGCACUGAGUUCACGGCUUCAGUGACGAGCAAGUUUUAUCAGGUGUCGGUGCAGGUAUUCUGAGAGAGAGAGAGAGAGCAUUCAUUCUCCUCAACAAGUUUUUGAUUAUUGGAAGCAUUGUUACAUUUGGUUUAAGUUUAAGGUUUCAUACUGUGAUCAAUCGAUUCUUCUUGUAGAUCUUAAUCCUACGCAUGUUGUGGCUUGUAUUGUGAGAUUGGAUCCUACUGCGUUCCCGGUGGGUCUUGCUUCCGCAGCUCUUUGCCUCAAGAGAGUCAAAUGUCAGGCGCA